CGGGUUUGAAGCGUAUAUUUCAUGGCGGUUUCGGUGAACUCGGGAUGUCUUUCACCAUAGUUUUGAAGGGUGGACCACCCUGGGGAUUUAGAAUCCAGGGUGGAUUAGAGUAUGAGGAACCCAUUAAAAUAGCGAAGAUAAAUCCAAACAGCAAGGCAUACAAUGAGGGUAUAAUUGUGGGUGACUAUGUUGAGGCCAUUAAUGGUCAGAAGGCGGAAGGAUUGCAGCAUGGCGACGCCCAACAACUCAUCAAAACAGCCAAUCAGGAGCUUCAGCUGCAACUUCAUCGAUCUGGUCCCACAGUUAAUGGUCAUGGUCAAGUGAACGGAGGUGUGCCUCACAAACACAGUAAAUCAGGGGAGACAACUACAAAACAAUUCAAGCCAGUGUCUUUCGGCAGCAGCUCGUCCUUGAACAUAGAGACUGGUGUUAGCCCAGCCCCGAUGUCCUCCACUGCCAGUACCACCUCCGCCCAGUCCCUCCCCUCACCACCCCUCCUCAUCACGUCCAAAGCAUCAGGCUCUGACUCGGUCACUUCAAGUCCGAAGUUUAAAUCCAAGAUUAUCAUUCCUCUUUCACCGAAGCCUUUACAGAAAAUAAGGGAUACAGCAUGGGACUGUUCAUCACCGAGUCUGUGGUCCACAUCCUACUACACCAGUGACUCAAACCUGUCAACGCCCCAAACCUCACCAGGCUCGCAGCGCCGUUUCUUGGCCAGAAAUGCACCCAAACCCAUGCCUGUAGCUGCACGACCUAGUCAUUUAAAUGCCCAAAACAGGGGCCCUGGUUCUGAACACAGAGAUGCCAAAUCUCGAGGCAUGGAGAUGUUUUUGAAGCAGAUGGAAAAAUUAGCAAAGAUAGGCGAUGAUGAUGAUGAUACAGACACAGAUGACACAGUUUAUAGUGUCGAACCUACCCCCACAAAAACUGCUGACACCCAAGUACCGCCCCAGUAUCACCAAGGACCUGGUCACCAUGACAACACCCAGGUGUUGUAUAACAUGUCAUCGCCUCGGCAGGAUCACCAGACGAGUGAUAGGAGUCAGAACACACAGACGCAUCACCAGGUCUAUAACAUACCAAUCAAAUACCAAUCAAAUGUGUCCCAUCAUCAAACUCCGAGUCAACCACAAGGUCAACAAAUUCAAGGUUACCAAGGUCAGCAAAUUCAAGGACAUCAAAGUCACCUAGGCCAGCAAGGUUAUCAAGGGCAACAAAGUCAAGGCCACCAAGGUCAGCCAAGUCAAAGUCACCAAGGUCAGCAAGGUUAUCAAGGGUCAAGAGAUCAACACCAGUUUCAAUGGCAACAUGAUCAACAGCCCAGUCAUGAUCAACACCAGAAUCAUGGUGGUCAUCACCAUUCAGAUCGCCAUCACCCAAGUCAUCACAAUCAACAAACAAGACCAAUUCAGCAUGAGAUACACCAUCACCAUGGUAGCCAUGGUCAUCACCAUUCAGAUCACCACCACCCAGGUCCACAGGAUCAACAGCACCAUACAGGUCCGGAUCAACAUCUAUCCCAUCACUAUCAUCAUCAGGAGAAAAAUCAGGAUCGGACACAAGAUCAACACCGUAUACAUGAACAUCAUAAGCAAUUUGAUCAACACAAACUUGAUCAAGAACAGGAUCAACAUUUUGAUCAGUGGCAGUCACAGGAUCAUCUCCGAAAGCAGGAUCAUCUUCCAAGGAGUGAUCAUCACUUACCUGAUAAUCAAUGGCUGCCUGAUGAUGGCCAUGAUAAUCGCCAUCACAAAGAUCGCCACCAGAUCCCUAUCAUCAGUGCCGAGAGAACCACCACACAGGAUGUCCCUCAUGUGGCGCGUCAGGAAAUACCUAUCAUAAUUGGUAAACAGCAUGACACAGGUCACCACAAGCAGGACAAAGGUCAUGACCUCAGUCAGGGUAAAGGUCGUGAGGUGCCAAUUCAUCUGACACCUACCAAAACCCAGCCAAGCAUCCACAAGAUUCCUGUAACCGUCCAGACGACCAACAAACCAGAUCCACAUGCGAGGUUGGAGCCACUCGAGCUGUAUGAUCGGCCUCCAUCCCCUCCCUUUCCUGCCCCUCCAUCUCCCUUCAAGUCCCAUGUCCCCAUCACUAUCCAGUCAACUAAACAGGAAGAGGACCAUUCAUUUCCUGUCUGUGAGCCUGAUCAUGUGGACAGACAUCAGCCAAUGCCCACACAGGCGUAUCCUCCCCCUCCACCUCCUCUGUCUACCACGGAUACAUCCUCCACACAAUCAGAAGAGACAGUCAUCCCUGUCUGUGUGAAGCGGGUCCAGGGUAAGGAUGUAGUCAACAAUCAAAAAACUGAGAUCCACCCGACAACCAUCCCCAUCACUGUACAGACAUCUGACAGGAUUGUCAAGGAAGAAAAGUUGUCACCAAAGGUGAAGGAGAAUGUGCACAUGGUCCCACUAACAGUACAGACUCGUGAUUCAAAGGAAGACCAGAGCUUCACUGGGGAGGAGACAAAGUCACAUGACUCUGGCAUCACCAGUCGUGGGUCGUCUUGGCAGAGUGGCAGUUUUAAGGAACACAUCAGCAGUUUCAGCCCCGGUUCUUACAGUAGUACCCUUCCCAUCAAGAAGGGGUCAUCCCCAACAGGGGAGAAAUUUUAUGAAGAGGAGGAAGGUGACACUAACAAAUUUGCAACACUUCCAACUAUUAAACCUCUCAAAACAAACAAGAGUUAUGCCAAUGACUUUCCUGUCAAGGCACACAGAGGUUAUGAAAGCGACUUUGAAUAUGCUCCAAAGCGUAGUGUUAAGAAUGGCUCCAAAUCAAAGUGGGAUUCAACAGGUGCCAGUGCAGCAUCUGGUUAUCAAACAGAUGUGGAAUUUUUUGUGAGAGACAAUAGAAAUUUGGCUAAAAAUAAGAAUAAACAGUCUUCAAAGCCUUCCGACAGAGACUACAUGAGUGACGCUGAGUCUGUUUCAUCAGAUUUUUAUUCCCGAAGAGACAACUUCUUCGGAUCGUCCCCGAGUAAAUUCUCUUCUGGCCUGACCAGUCAGGUAACCAAGGUAUCUGCUCCUCAACUCCCGCAGAAAACCAGUGUCAGUGCUGUUCAGCUUCAACAGUACAACCCAGACAUGGAAGAUCAGGAGUUCAACUUUCCAACAAGUAGCAAUUUCGACAACAACCAGGAGCAAUAUUUUUCCGACAAUGAUUCGUCCUUGAUCGAUCAAGCCUUGGAUGCAGGCCCAGGAGAGGAUUUCUCAAUUUGGUCGAGACAGUUAUCUGAACAGGAACCAGAAUCCCAAGGCCAAGGUCGGGCAAGGGAUUCCCCAAGGGCCAGGAAUAUCUGGUCAACAAGUGAGUCUCCCAAACAUGUGAAACAGUCUCCAGCACCAAUAAGGAAAGAAGAAAGGAAGGAAAUUCCGGUGCCAGUGUCUCACUGUGAUUCCAGGAAAGCAGGCUAUGGAGAAGAGGAUCUGAGAUCCCAACACGUACAAACAUCUGCCAACACCAGCCUCGAUUCCACAUCACAUGUGAACCACUCGGAUCAUCAGGAGCAGCCUACAAAUGGAACUGAUUACCCCGCCCACCUGUACAAAGAACUGUUAGACAGUUUAGUCACUGACGAAUCUAAAACAUCUCCACAGAAGGAUGGUCAUGUGACUAUUCACGAUUCUCCAGCUGAUCAUGGUAGUCCAAAUGUAUCAGGUGACAAAUUCACCACUUCCAAAAAUGUGGCCUCAAUCUGGAAACCAGGGGGCGGGUCAGAUGUCGUAAGGAAGGGGUAUAAGCCAGUCCAAAUAACCUCGGACAAAUCUCCUUCUGACAGACCUUCUGUAGGACACACGGAAACAUCUCCAAUCGGACAGACAGAUCUGCCAGAUAAUUCUCAGCCUCAGUCUAUAAGACAGCAGAAGGAUAUUGGUGCAUUAAUUUCCAAGGAGGUAAGAAAUUGGAAACCUCAGCCGGAAGAAAAAGUCCCUAACUCUGGGACUUCCGAUGAGAGAAUCCCACAAACACAGGCUUGGGCAGAAAACAAUCACUUUAUCCAACCAGAGCCUUACUCAGAACCCUAUUCCGAUCCAUAUCCGGAACCUUUCACUGAGCAAGUGCCAGAUCCGGUAUCAAGACCGGACCCACAGCCAGCGAGGUCUGGCAAGUCCAGGGAACAUUCGACCAGUAGUGCAUUUGGACGUGAGGGUGCCGAGGAGGAGGAAGAUAUGAAUCAUCUACCCCCCACACAGAGCCCCUUCAUCACCCUUCUACAGAAGAGUAGACAAGCGGGACAUCCCGAGGAAAUGAAGUUUUCUAGUCACGGGACUCUGCCAGGGGAGGGGCAGAUCCCAAAGGGUGCAGCUUACCUCAACCAAUCAAAACACGAGGAUGGUUCCUACUCGGAUCAGAAAUCACCGGUGGAAAAACGGCCGGUCAAAUAUGAAGGUAUUGGGCCAGUGGACGAGAAAGGCAUGCCUUUGUCCUUUAGAAUGAAUGUGGAUGAAGAAAAGCAACAUGACUGGUAUAAACAGAUGUACAGGAGUCUGCAUACUGGACACCGAAAACCAGAUUCUCUUGAAAUUGCUGAUCUGGAGGCGUGGUUACGUGAAGCAGGAACCACUGGUUAUAUUAAACCCGCCAGCAGCUCUGAUGAUAACUCAUCACAGAAAGAGCAUGUACAUCGACCUACAGUAGAUUCUCAUAAACAGCGAAUAGAACAAUCAAGCAAAGCAGAAAAACAACAUACUGAAUCAAUGUCAGUUGUGCACAAACCAAGAACUGAUUUCUCCCCAGUUGGAAAUCAAUCAAGAACAGAUUUCUCCCCGGUUGGAAAUCAAUCAAGAACAGAUUUUUCCCCAGUUGGAAAUCAAUCAAGAACUGAUUUCUCCCCGGUUGGAAAUCAAUCAAGAACUGAUUCUUCUUCAUUAGGAAAUAGAUCAAGAAAUGAUUUCUCCCCAGUAGGAAAUAAGUCAAGAGAUGAUUUCUCCCCAGUAGGAAAUAAGUCCAGAAGUGAUUUCUCUCCAGUAGGAAAUAAGUCCAGAAGUGAUUUCUCCCCAGUAGGAAAUAAGUCCAGAACUGAUUUCUCUCCAGUAGGAAAUAAACAAAAAACAGACUUCUCCCCAGUAGGAAAUAAGCCUAAGACGGACUAUUCCCCCAUCAGUAGUUCACCAAAGACAGAGACUGUUGUGAACAGAUCUGCUCACGAUAGAUCAACAAGUGAAUCAUCAUUUUCAUAUAAUAAAUUUUCGGGAGAACCUUCAUAUAAACGAACUACAUCAGAGUCUAGUCGAUCAUCCAUUGAACCCAAGGAGAAGUCUCCAAGUGUCCAAAGCAGAAUUGACAAGUUAACAAUUCCAGCCAAGUCCCAGGACUCUGGAAAUCGUAGUAAUGGUCCGCUUAGCCCGUCCAGUUCCACGUCAUCCUAUACGUCCCGAGACAAGCGGUCGCUAGAUUACGAAAUCCCUGAGGAUUUGCAAGAAUUCUUCAAAUAUCUUGAUGAAUGGUCUCCACCUAGUGUGCGAUCUAAAAUAGAAGUUUACCGUAAUCAACCUAGAAGUAUUGUCGACUACGAACCUGGCUUUUCAUCCAUAGCAUUUCAAGAAUCAAAAACGGUUUCAGGACGUCUCAGGUCAUAUUCUGUCAACUCAGCCGCUCUGGACAAAAGGCCUAGAAAGGCAGUGAAAGCUAAGAGUAAUAUCCACAACCCACCUAUAGACAAGCCAGGGGAGAUAAGUCUAUAUACGGAGGGCAGGAAACGCCUAGCGUCGGCCCCCGCGCCUUUGCCCCCACAGAGCGAGGAAGAAGGUGAAGAUUCAUACAAACUCAUACAAAAAGGGGGUGAUAUCCCUAUUCGGGGCCUACAGAAACCUGCACCUGAGCGAGGAACAAAACUAAAGGAGCGAUGUGAACCUCCAAAAGUCCCGCCUCUUCCACGAAUGUCUCCAGGGCAACAACUAUUCACAAAGCACCAUUAUCAGCAAAUCAAAUGGGAGCCUUCUCGAGGUUCUAGUUCUCUUAGAAACGGCAAUCCGUCCCCCAUACCUCCAGCCAGAAAACACCCCAUUAAACGUUUCUCGUCGGGCAACAAAAAGAAUCGAAGCAACCUCUCGGCUGCAGAGCAGCUCGGAGUAACCAGUCCCCCGCCAAUCAAUCUCUCUAACGGAGCAUUUAAGCACCAGACUACAGAUGCCAAACGUAGUCCUCCACCUCCAUCUACAGAGAAAACGAGGCGAAGACGGGAAGAGGAGGAACAGUACAGGAAGAAACGACUGGAACAAAUUUAUGAAGAGGAUAGAAAGCGAAAAAUAAAACAAGAAGAAGCUGCCCUUGAAGCUCGUAAACACUCAGAUUUUUACCUCUCCAGCAGUAGUUUAAGUCCAGCGGAGAGAGACCGAGAACCUAGUCAGAAGUCACCCAUCCCAGCAGACAGGUUUGAGGAUGGCGUGGGUGGCUAUGGAGCUCCCGACGAACGUCGAAGGGGCUUCCAAAUCCAGGGCAAGGCAAAGGCACUCUACAACUUCUCCUCUCAGAAUCCAAGAGAGCUCGGCUUCAGGAAAGGUGACGUAGUUUACCUGAUCCGACAGAUAGACAAGCACUGGUUUGAGGGGGAACGCCACGGAAGGAGGGGCAUAUUUCCCAUCAACUAUGUAGAGGUUGUAACCUCUAUAGAAGCUGCCCAGGCUGCCGCCCAGCAGUCAGAAGGACAGGCCAUUGCUAAGUUUAACUUCAGUGGACAGACAAAUGUAGAGCUUUCCAUCAGGAAGGGAGAACAGAUCACCCUCCUACGCCGUGUGGAUGACAACUGGUUUGAGGGACGAAUUGGCCACAAACAGGGUAUCUUCCCAGUACAAUAUGUGGAUGUGCUGCAGGAGCCGUCCACCCCUCUAGUCACCCCUGCCCCCUCGGUUAUCGCUACCCCCAUGACAGGCAGGGGUACACCAGAAAUGCUGUCCCCAGUCAGUAUAGACGUACCAACGCCCCCUCCUCAGCCUUCCCCAGGAGCGUUCUCCCCUAAAUCCUCCUCCAUGUCACAAUAUCCCUACUCACCCAAACCGUUCUCUCAGAGCCUCAGCCAAUCAUCACCAAAGCUUGAUGGAGGGGUGAACCCCACUCAUUUCAACAGCCUGCCCACAGGGCUCAACGCAGUCCCAGGGGCACAAACAAAUGGCCACCACCAGUCCUUCCAACAUCAGGGACUCUCAGCCUCCUUCUCGCCCUCAAAAUCCUCUAGCGCCGUGGAUAACAACCUUGACUAUCGGCCUAAGAUCACUGAUGAUGACCUUGCCACCAGUAGCUACAAAGCUCUGUAUGCUUACAAGCCUCAGAACGAUGAUGAGCUGGAAUUGUGGGAAGGCGAUCAAGUGUAUGUGAUGGAGAAAUGUGAUGAUGGCUGGUUUGUUGGAACAUCAAUCCGGACAGGGAUGUUUGGCACCUUCCCUGGAAAUUAUGUACAGAGAGUACAAUGAUGAACACAUAUGGUUGCAUAAAUUAAGGAUUGAUUUUAUUUCGUUGUGUGGGAGGACAUUGAUUAUGUACAGAAAGGGGAGGUAACUGAGGACAAACACCAACCCACGUGCCUUGUGGUGUUGUGCUAGUGCUAUAAUGACGAGAAUGUGUAUUGGAGCAGCCGUAUUGUACAAACAAAGCACAUUGAGAACCAGUUAUUGAUGGCUGCACAUGGUGUGGAUGUACAAGGGAUGUCUUAAAGACUGACGCAGGAAAUGUACAUACACGUGUGUGCUGUAAUCAUGUGUUGUGGACAUACACGUGUGUGCUGUAAUCAUGUGUUGUGGACAUACACGUGUGUGCUGUAAUCAUGUGUUGUGGACAUACGCGUAAAAAAAAUUGUGUUGUAGUUUGCCUACAUCUAUUUAUUCUCAAAAGGAGUAUUAUCUAUGUCUGCAUUGUGUUUGUUUUGUCAGGGUCACGACCUUUAAUCAAAUCAACUUUAAUCUUUGUUGCUUUUUGUGUGAAUGAUAACAUAUGGAAUCACCGUUAAUGAUUUCAUUUAGACUUCCAUCAUGCUGCAGUUUGAGGCAUAUAGGACAGAUCAUUUCAACAUGGGUCAUCUCCAUAAAUGAAUUGUUCCAAAUCAAAUUGAAUUGACAUUUAGUAAGGAUCUUCAUAAGUCAUGGCCCCUCCUCAAGGUUUCUCAUGCCUCCUUCAUUUAAAAUGGCAGGUAGUCCUAUAAAUCCUGACCAAAUUUGAUUGGGUAUUGAUACUGACUGAGAAAUUCAUAUGUUGAAUUUAAAGUUAUGAUACAUGGUUUAUUUUCUGUGAAGCUAUUUUAAAUACCUGAUACCAAAAAUUCUCAACAGCAGGAAAGAGAUUAUCGGAGUUCAAUAAUGUUUGAAAUGUUGUCAGUCAUCAGAGCCAGCCUGAGAUUACCUGACAUGGAGAUUUGUGUAAACAAGACUUAUAUAAGUACCUAUCCCAUUUUUUGUGAAUCAUAAAUUUAAAUGGUUGAUUUUGAUGUAAUGUGUAAAUGUAGUUUUUUUUUCUUCUCAAUUUUGAAGUUGUGUGUUUCUGAUUCGGAUUUUUACUGUGUUUGAGAAAAAAAAAGUGUUUUAUUAUCAGGAAGAAAAAGCAAACAGAAAAUUGAUAAAAUUCAGUCCUUAAAAACAGUAUUAGCUGUUAUCUAUUAUUUAACAAUUGACCACUCACGUUAUCUAUUAUUAAACAUUCUUCCCUGGUCUAUUUAAUGUUGAUAUGAGUUGGGACUGCUUAUUUAAUGCUGAUAUAGGUGUUCAUCUGCUGUUAUAUACUUAUUAUUGUCGUACAGUUUAACUUCAUAUAAAUAUGUAUGUGUGUCACACAAUUUAAUCUUUACAAAACAAUUAUAAUAUAUUUUAGAAUAUCAUUAAAUCAAAUCUGAUUUAUUUAUCUCUUAAUAUUUUUUACACUAAGAAUCAAUGAAAAAAUCCAAUAUUUUUGGUUGUAAAUAACAAGGAGGGUUACACAAAUACCUGAUCACUAUGGACGCACACAAAAUUAAAUAAAUGAUUGAAAUAUAUUAUUUGCCGUUAAUUUAAAUGUGAAAGUGCCAUAUGGAUCAAUUGAAAGUCCUAUAAGAUCGCUCGUUAAAUCUGAUUUUUAAAAGAGAAAUGUGUUGGUAGGUUUUUUUCCCUAACUAUGCAAUGUGAAUGUAAGAAUCUAACAGUCUUUUAUUGUUGUGAUGCAUUUAAUGGUCAAGUUUUAUAUACAAGGUCAUAACUUUGUCAUUGAGCAAAGUCAAGGUCAAAUGGAUACGGAGGGAAUAUGUUGUAAAUGAGAGAGAGAGAGAGAGAGAGAGAGAGAGAGAGAAUAUUGUUAUAAUAUAUAUGACCUAUGUAAACUGGUAACCCUGUAUUAUUUGAGGCAAUUUUGAUAGCUGGGGCUUUAGUAGAGCUAGCUAUAUUUUAUACCAUACUCACAAAUCCAGACAACCCUCUACAACGAAGCUAGUUUUUUAGACAUCGGAGGGACACUGUAUUUAAUAGUUGUUUGCCAUCACCAUGGAAACAAAAAUAUUGUAACCAACCUGGAAUCAGGAAGAACUCUUUGAAGCCCCAAAACUUAGUUAUUUUCUUCGCUGAAGUUGUCUUGCCAUUUUUUACAUGGAUAAUUUGAAUAUUUACAUUUUAAUCAUUUCAUUAACUGUAAUUGGUUUCUUGUCCAAUAAAUAUUUUUCCUCAGUAGUAAACAUGAAGACAUUUUUGAAUUUCAAGAUUUUUUUCUUAAAAUUUAAUCACACUUAGCUUUGUUAUUGAUGUGACAAUUUACUCAUGGAGUAUUUUGAUAUCUAGAGAAAGCUUACCAAUAUUGCAUCAUUUUUAAAAACACAAAUUUUACCGAGCACUUCAGUGUCUGAUGCACUUCCAAUACUAUCGCUGUGCUUGUUUCUAGGUUUUGACACGAGUUUUAAUGUUCAGUGAAUAUUUUGUACAGUAUGUUUGAACCUUCAACAUUUGAUACAAUUCGGCUUAAACUACCAAUGUCAGAUUUGAACAAUUUAAAUAAAGAGUAACUCAACCUAAAAGUGAAGUCGCUGUGAAGUUUGAAGCCAUCUGGGACAUGAUGUCAGUAGUUUGUGUUACAGUUUGAAGCCAUCUGGGACAUGAUGUCGGUAGUUUGUAUUACAGUUUGAAGCCAUCUGGGAUAUAAUGUCGGUAGUUUGUGUUAUACAGUUUGAAGCCAUCUGGGACAUGAUGUCGGUAGUUUGUGUUACAGUUUGAAGCCAUCUGGGACAUGAUGUCGGUAGUUUGCGUUACAGUUUGAAGCCAUCUGGGACAUGAUGUCGGUAGGUUGUGUUAUACAGUUUGAAGCCAUCUAGGACAUGAUGUCGGUAGUUUGUGUUACAGUUUGAAGCCAUCUGGGACAUGAUGUCGGUAGUUUGUUACAGUUUGAAGCCGUCUAGGACAUGAUGUCGGUAGUUUGUGUUACAGUUUGAAGCCAUCUUGGACAUGAUGUCGGUAGUUUGUGUUACAGUUUGAAGCCAUCUAGGACAUAAUGUUGGUAGUUUGUGUUACAGUUUGAAGCCAUCUGGGACAUGAUGUCCAUAGUUUUGUGUUAUACAGUUUGAAGCCAUCUGGGACAUGAUGUCGGUAGUUUGUGUUAUACAGUUUGAAGCCAUCUGGGACAUGAUGUUGGCAGGUUGUGACUGUCCGUUAAUACCACAUACCUAGUAUUUACUGUUUCUCUAGCAGAUACUCUCAUCAUUUCCUGUCAAAUUAUUUGUGUGAACUAAUUUUGAAAAGUUUGAAAAGAUGAACUUAUAAAAGUUCUAGUGAUAUUUUUUGUGAAGUGAAACUUAGUUGUGUUUAUAUUAUCUGGUUUACAGAAUUAACAGCCAGACAUUUUGAAAAAGAAAGUUGAUAAUCUUAAAAACUUUUUUUGUAUUUUUAUUGAAAAAAGUAUCUCCUGCAAGCUUGACCCUAUUGUAGAUAUAACCCAUGUUAUUUAUUUGUGAUAUUUCAAGGUCGUUUGACGGUAGUGAAGUAACAUGUGACUGGACAUCCUCACUCUCGUAAUUAUAAGUCUCUUCGGUGGGUAGAUUAAAGCCAUCUACAUAAUGA